AUGCAAUUAAAACUAUUCCUAACAGUUUUACCUUGCUUAGUGUCCGCAAACACAGAGUUCGUCCACUCUUUGCCUUGAGAAGACUAUAUCUUUUACUCACUAGCCGCUCUCUUUUUGGUAUUUUUUGCAGGCGCAAUGUCUGGCCUCACAGUUGGCCUCAUGUCAAUUGACCCUUUAGAUCUCGAACUUAAGCUUGUCAGUGGCACUUCUAAAGAAAUGCAUCAGGCUCGUAAAGUUCUUCCAAUUAUAUCCAAGCACCAUUUCCUCCUCGUCACAUUACUAAUAGCGAACUCAGUGGCUAUGGAAGCUCUGCCUAUAGUUCUAGACGAGAUGGUUGGUAGCGUCUUGGCUGUUUUAAUAAGUGUAACCUUUGUGCUUAUUUUUGGUGAAGUUUUACCUCAAGCAUUUUGCACAGGACCUGAUCAGCUUUCUAUAGCUAGUAACUUAGUUCCACUUGUGAAAAUCGUGAUGUUAAUUUUUUACCCCAUCAGCUGGGUUUUGGGAAAAUUCCUUGACAGAGUCAUAGGAACUGAUAAUCAUAAACAAAUGAAGAAAUCUGAUAUAAAAGCUUUAGUCACUUUUAAAGGGUCAAGAUCAUCUACAAAUAUAACAGAAGAUGAUACAUUUGACCCUGAGCAAGUUCAAAUUAUAUUGAGUGCAAUGGAUAUACAGCAGGAAACACUUGAAAAUCAUAUAAUACCAAUGGAAAAUGUGUAUUGUUUAAGCUCACUCCCCCCCCCUCCGUGAGUGAACAAAAAAAUUUUGUUCACUCACGGAGGGGGGUUAAUUUUUUUUUUUUAACAAAAAUUUAUAUAUAAAUUUUAUAAAAAAUAUUGUUUUUCGAAAUUUAAAAAAAUCUAAUUCGCAAAAAUUGGAAAGCAAAUAUUAAUUUAAUUUAUAAAAUUUAUGUUUUAAAAAAACAAUUUGUUUGAAAAUUAAACAGAAUUAGCUCUAGAUUUCAUUAUACUAAUUAUCAUUUAUAUAUCAAAAUUUUUUUUCCAUAAAAAUUUUUUCUAUUAAAAAAAUUUUUGUUCACUCACGGAGGGUGGGUUUUUGGGCAAAAAAUAGCGAUUUUUCUAAUGGUUUUGUUCACUCACGGAGGGGGGGCGGAGUCAGAUACAUUACUAACUAAACAAAUGCUGAAGACCAUAAUGUCAAGAGGAUUCAGUAGAGUGCCUGUAUAUAGAGGGGAGGAUAGAAAUAAUAUCAUUGGGAUUUUGCUUGUAAAAAGACUUGUGGGGAUUGAUGAAAACACAACUAUCGAAAAUUCAGGGAUCAAGCUGAGAGACCCAAUAUUUGUUAGGAGAGCAAAUACAGUUCUUGAAGUUUUAGAUAUCUUUCAACAAGGCAGAACUCACAUGGCAUUUGUCUCAGAAGCCACCUCAAAAUUCGGAGAAUCCAAAAUCCUCGGAAUCAUUACUCUUGAAGAUAUACUAAAAGUCAUAAUAAAAGCAGACACCUUUAAAGGUGACAUAAAAGAAGAGUUUUCAUAA